UGCACUUUAAACCACACAUAAACGCAUCUGUGUGUUUGCGCUUUAAACCUUGGCCGUCCACGGUCGCGUCGCCCUGUCCGCUAUUCAGUAAACAAGAUGAAAAUGGCAGGCGACAGUACUUCAUCCAAAUGCUCCUUCGCACUAACGUUGGCAUAUCUGCUAUUUCAUUGCUUCGUUUCUUGUGCUGGCCAAGGUGAUGAAGUCAUCGGUGCUCAGGAAAUAAGUGCAGAGACGUUUGAACGGAAGAUGGAAGCGGGCGACUUACUCCUUGUUAAUUUCAUUGGGCCAGGGUGCAGGAAUUGCAAGGAGUUUGCACCCAUCUUCGACCAAGUCAACACAGAGCUGUUAAAGGAGAAGUUGGACAUUCCAGCAGUGAUCAUCAACAACUUGGACAUUGUCAAACAUUAUGAUUUCCAGAAACUUCCAUCACUGGUCUUUUUUAGGAAAACAGUCCCCAUUCUCUACGAAGGCCACCAUGAAGUGGAAGAGAUUCUGGCAUGGCUCGAGAAUACCAGAGAGGUCCAGGGCCGAUUCCUGAAUGACAAGGACUUUGAACACCUCACCCAGGCCUCCACAGGAGCCACCACGGGGGACUGGCUCGUCCAGUUCUGUGAUCCAGAGAGACCUCAAUGUGUAGCAUUACAGACGAUAUGGGAGACAGUGGCUUACAGGUUAAAAGACAGAAUCAAUGUUGCUACCGUCGACACAACCACUAACAAAGCUCUCGUGAAAAGAUUUAACAUUGCUGUACAGAAAACGCCAACAGUCCUGUUAAUGAAGGGGCAGAGAAUGUAUAGGAUACACCCUAAGAUGCUCACUGGACCUGCUGACCGACUGGAAACGUGGCUGUCUACUGGGUAUAAGGCCAACAAAGCAAUUAAUGUGCCUAGGGAGUGGACAAGAGUUGACGACUUGACAGAGGACAUAGCCAAUAAAUUAAAGGCAGUACAGCCCGGAGGUAGGGGUGUGUUCGUCCUGAUAGUUGGAAGCUUGGUGAUUUUUUCACUGGUUCUCUGCAAGGUAUUUUUGAAACGGGGAAAUAACCAGACUACUGGGCGUGGCCCUAAAAAGGGGGUGUAACCAUGGAAGGGACUGGUACAAAACACACCUUUGCAUACGUUCAUUUAAAACUUUGUACUGUGUAUUUGGAAUUUGCAAUAUUCCCUACAUAUUAUAUUUCCCCAGAUUCAGUCGUUUUCUGCUCAUAAUGGGUUUUUUCCUCAUUGGAUUAUGAUUUUUGUUGUUAUAGGGCUUCAGUGGACCUUUUGUUAAUUGCUGUUGGAGGUUUUUGUACCACUUCAGGAAAAUAAUUUCAACUGUAACCUUUUUUUUUCUUUUGCUUUAUAUUCACUACUUUUUUCCCAUCCCCCAUGUUUCAUGACUUUUUGACGCAUGUUUUGAACAACUUCUGACGCAAACGUUGUCAAUGUUUGAUCCACCAUUAUUGCACAAGAUGAUAUUUGCCAGUGACAGCAGAGUGGAGAACAUAAGGGAAUUCAUAACAAUAUUCAGAGCACAUCUUGAGUUUCUUUAUUGAAUUUCUUUAUUUAAAGAUUUUGUAUCAGUGCACUGAGCAUAAACUGUAUUACACAUGUGCCACAUUUGAAUCAAAUGCCCUUGACCUUAUCUCAGAAUAUGGUUGUCUUGUGGUUCAACAUGUCUCUCAAUUUGUUACAAGAUUAAGAUGGAAUUUUCCAAUGAAGCUCUUUACGCAGGCUGAAACAACUGUAGAUGUGGCGUUUUUUGUGUUGAAUUUGUUUUAGUAAGAUUUCACUGUUGCUUGCCAAAUGCUAAAAAAACAUCAAAAGUGUGCCCAUGAGACUACCAAAUAUUAUUUAUACAUGUGUUUAAAUUGUUCAUUUUUUUCAUUUAAUGUUGUCAAGUAUCACUGUGUACCAAGGGCGGAUUAAAAACCAAAGUUUUCUUCUGUGAAGGUUUCUAGUGUGACCGUUUGGCUUGCCAUAGGGGGUGUUGCUGAAUUUGAGGAGCUUUUCAUAUGCUUUGGGAGAAACAGAUAUGACCAAAAGUCCACUCAUACCCUUCCCCCCCCCAAAAAAAAAUUCUGAUUUGGAGGGACAUGGCCCCUUGUUAGCACCCUUGAAUUCACUAGUGACAUGUAUUUAAUGUACUUACAGUUUUUUUAUUGUAGCAUAUCUUGUCAAAGCAAACGUAGUUUGUAGGCUGAAAACUAGGCUCUACGUGUACAACUAGGCCUAAACUGAAAAUGAUUUUUGAAGGGGUACUUAUGGGAUGAUCGCAAUUUUAUAUUCAAAAUCCAGUAAGGUCGUCUAAGGGAAGUAAUUUGUGUGUGAUGUUAGUGCUGGGUUUUGUCAUAAGUGAUGCUUCUUAUUUCUUUCUCGACGAAUAAGCUUUUUGCGAGUUAAAUUUGAAUAAAAAUCUGGUACACUGAGAUAUUUGAUUACGGCAAACAUAGCAGUUGGAAUUUCCGAGACUAAAGACACUGCUGUACCUCGUGAUUCGGGGCAAGCUUUUGCUUAACGACCACCAUCUCUGGAAUGAUUCCUUUGUGCCCGUUUUAUCCACUCAAAACAGUGUAUUGGUGCAAAUCAUCUCUUAUGUAAUUCGGCAAAGAGCGCUCUGAAUCAAGAGGUAAAGCAACAGUGUCUUCAGCACGGAGGCCGAGGAUUCAGAUUAUGUUCUCGUAAAUUUAAAGAGCUCGGUGUACCAGAUAUCAUUCAAUUUAUCUCGCUCAAGGCUCAAAAAGUAACAGCUGUUUCCAUCCCAGAAGAAGAAGGAGUUUGAUUCACGAGACCUUAUAAGCUUUAACAUCCCCGUAGCUUCUAUGUGCGGCUGGAAAGAAAGAAUAACCGUAUAAUAUUUGCAUUUUCGGUAGUGUUGGCCUUGUAAAUUCUCGCUUUGAAUCUUUUAAAGGCAAUACGAAUGAAGGUAUACAUGUAUUCUCAAAAUUCGAAAAUUCAAACAGUCGAAUUUGUGGUAGUGACGGUCUCAGGGUAGCUUCUUGAACACUUUUACUUAUUAUCUUCGGCGAAUAAUACCGUGGGUAUUUAAUAAUGGAGAAUUGAUUGAACAAUAAACUUCAGUUGGAACAGUUGA